CGUCCCUGUGGUCCCAUCUGGCCGCCAUUGCCAUAUUUUUCAUUAUUAAUACAUUUUCUCAUGCACAAUAUUGCUUCUGAAAAGCUCUCCCAGCAGGGCAUAAAAAAGGUGCAUCAAUGAAAAGUGCGAUAAUAAUCAAACAUGUUCAUUGUUCAUAGGCUCUUAAUUUCACCUAGUUAGUGAAAACAACUCCACAAUGAAAGAAUCCUCUACACAGAAUAGAACCAACGUUGAUAACGUUGGUCACUUUCGUCCGUAAACCUUGAGCUUCGCAAUUCGCUCACAUGUUCGUACAUCAACCGCACAAUCCAUCAUCGGUACGAUUAUCUCUUUCUGUCAGGGGUAUUGAAUUUAUAUAGGUCAUCCCAUUGACUGCAUUCAGUGAUUAGUGGUGAUACUCAUUGGUUGAAGAUUUAUUACUUCGAAGAACAAAUCGUUGAACACAAAUAUAGAAAUGAAUUUGAUCUUGCUAUUAGGCACUACCUUCUGUGUAUCCCCCGCAGUUUUCGCUGCUCCAUUUUCUGGAUGGCUUUUUGGCGGGAAACAAAUCGACGAAACUACCGAGGCACGACCGAAUUUCUUCAACAAAGUUCAACAGCUGGGUGAACGAGUGUACGAGAGAAAGCGAGAGUUCUUGAACGGUGUCAACGAGAAGGUUUCUAACAUGCUGUGGAUUCCACCCCUUUACACAACUACGGAAGAAACGAUCACAUCGAAACUACCUCACAUAUUCCAAAGUGAUCCACAGAAGUACACGGAAAUGGAUUCAGACGAAAUACAGAACGUUGAAAUUUACGCCAGAAGCAGUUUUCUUUCACCGGACGAUCUCGUCAACGUUGAUGCGCCUUCAGAGACGACAAGCAAACCGAUCAUAAAUCAAAAACUUAACAUAUUUGGAAGAAUAUGGUCUUAGGUAGGUAGACAUAGAAUGAAGUAGAUUACAUAUCUUCUACUUCA